UUUCACUAUCUUAUAAUUUGUAAAGUUCAAAUGAUAAGAGUAUAUUAAGGUAUAGUGCAAGCCCAUCAACUUACAGUUCAACACACCACUGCAGACAUGAGAUUUGAAGCGGUUCUUAUGGUAGCUAUUGUAUCAGUCACAGCCCAGGCUAUGUCCCUGGAGCACAGUUGGCUGUCUACCGUUAACUCUGCACCCUCGGACAGCGGCCUUGGCAUCUUUGAUGGUACCAACACCACCAUCGAGAAACACCCCUACCUGGUUGCUAUUUGGUUGGAAGGGAAUUUUCGAUGCGCGGGAACAAUCAUCAACAACAACUGGGUAAUGUCGCUAGCCGCUUGUUUCUUUGGAUACAAACCUUCAGAUAUAACGGUGGUGGCGGUUAGUACUGACGGAAAGACAGGCUCGACUUUUGGAGUCAAGACUUUGUUCUUUCACCCGAAGUUUUCUGUAUCUGAAGACUACAACUACGUCUGUAUUCAGCUCAACAGCACUCUCAAGUGGUCUAAGAAGAUCAAACCUGUCAAGCUGCCCAAGAAGGCUCCCAAGGUCAACACCAACAUGGUGGUCGCUGGUUGGGGCAAAGAUGUGUGGGAUGCGUCUGAUGCCUCUGACUUGGUUCUGCGUCAGGGAAUGAUGAAGUGGGUUUCCGUGUCAGUCUGCAAAGCCAUCUACCAAAUUGAAUGGACAUCUAGAAUGGCCUGUGUAUAUAACAAGGGAAAGACAACCCUCUGUGUGGAUGAUUUUGGUGACCCAUUCGUGUACAAGGGUGUAUUCUACGGACAGUUUGCGGCAGGAACCAUGAACAACCCUUGCAGUGCCGAGUCGGACCCCCUUCUUCUUGCCAAUAUCGUCCCCGUUACUGGCUGGAUCAAGAAAGUUACCAGUAAAAAGGAACAGGAUUAUUAAGUUAUGGUAUCAUGGGAAAAAAUGGAAUGUUUUAGGUUUUGUAAAAACAAUAUAUGGCUUAACGAUGAAUAUAUAUUGAACACUUUAA